AUGAAGGGUAUAAGGUCAUUCAUCCGUGUGUUCAACUCCUACGCAGGUGUCCUCUGGACCGUCUUCGAACCGAUCCCGGGCAUCGGACAAGCUCUGGCAAGCCUUCGAGCCCAUGGCAAAACGCUCCGCUACAUCACCAACAACAGCGUUCGGACGUUCGAUCACUACGCCACCCAGUUCCGUACCUUGGGCGUGACCCUGACCCCGGCGGACAUCAUUCACCCCGCGCAGGCUAUCGUGCGGCACUUGAAGUCGAUUCACUUCCAGGGAUUGAUCUUCUGCCUGGCUACGCAGCCAUUCAAGACCGUCCUGAUCAACGCCGGCUUCGAGCUGAUCGAGGGUCCCGAUCAUCCGCUGGAGGAGUCCUUCAAGAAGAUCAUCGCAACCGUGCACGACCGGGCUUCGGUCCGGGCCGUCGUGAUCGACGUGGACUUCAACGUGAACUACCCGAAGUUGCUGCGGGCCGAGAUGUACUUGAAGAACGACCCGAAGUGUUUGUUGAUCGCGGGGGCGACCGAUAAGGUGUUGCAUGCUAGGAGGGGGUUUAACCUGAUCGGUCCGGGACAUUUCCUGGACGUUCUGGAGCAAUCUACAGGGCGGAAGGCCACGGUCUUGGGUAAGCCGGGGGUUGAGUUGGCCUGCUCGGUUGGUGAACUGUUUGGGAUAGAGGAUCGCGGAAGGGUCUUGUUUGUGGGAGAUAUGAUGCAACAGGACAUGGUCUUCGCCAGUCGUUGCGGGUUCCGAAAGUUGUUGGUAUUGUCCGGAGGAACUACCAAGGACGAUAUGCUGCAGGAGGGGGACGAGGAAUGCGUUCCGGAUUACUACGUCGACAGUCUGGUAGAUUUGGGCAAGUUGUUUGAGUGAUCGGUUGUGGG